CUGCCACCACAUGUCCAGGGAGGAGCGGCGCGCUGCGAGCCGAGGCGGAGGAGCGGAGUUGAGGCAGACGUCGCCGGACUGCGAUGACACCGGCCGCCGACGCCGUCAUCAUCGCCGUAGCAGAAGCUAGCCGGAGCGAGCAGUCCAGGAGCGGCAGCCGGAGAGCGGCGGCGGAGGCGCCGUCCGUCCCGUCGUCCUACGUCGUGUGGGAGAAGGAGCGGUAACUGGUUCGUCAGAGCGGUCGGGAGGGGCGAGCAUGGAGGUGGAGGCGGCGAGGUGCGAGUGCUGCGGCUUCACGGAGGAGUGCACGCCGGAGUACAUCGCGGCGGUGCGGGCCGAGUACCUGGGCCGCUGGGUCUGCGGGCUCUGCGCGGCGGCCGUGGGCGACGAGGUCCGCCGCGCGGGCGCCGGCGGGCAGCGCGCGAUCACCACGGCCGAGGCGCUCGACCGGCACGGCGCGUUCGCGCGGGAGGCGCCGCGGGCGCCCGGGAAGAAGGCGGCCGAGGAGCUCGUGGCCGCCGUGUCGCGCCUGCUCAGGCGAUGCCUCGACUCGCCGCCGGCGUCGCCCGCCGCGCCGCAGGCGCGCAAGGUCGCCGCAGGGACGCGGUGCACGGUCGACGCCGAGGACGCCUGAUUGAUCAAGCUAAGCCUUGUGGCGGUUGCUGCUGUUGCCAAUGAUUGGGCAACGCCGUCAAGAAUAAUGCUUCGGGGGCAUGGCAUGUUGCCUGCCGUCGCGAAGAAUGAAUAAUUUGCGUCCUGGCUGAUGAUUGCUCGAGACAGGAGCGGUCGAGCUCCGUAUGAUCGAGCAUGAAGUUAUUACGUAAUGCGCUGGUGUACGUACCAUUUUUUGUUAUUGAAGAAACUAUAGUACUUAUUCGAUUGUGUUGAGUAUUAUAUUAGCUGAGGCUUCGGCUACGCAUUGUAGCCGCUCUGUACAAAAGCAUUGUACCGGAGUUAUGCAGGCUUCUUGUAAGGUUUUCAGGCUUGUAAAAGUAGUAUUGGCUUAAUUAUUUGUAAUAAUCUACGGUGGUGUACAUUUA